AUGGCAACUGUUUCCAACGGCUCCGAGUACGACUUCAUCAUCGUGGGCGGUGGUACAGCCGGUAACGCGGUUGCUGGUCGCCUCGCCGAAAACCCCAAUGUCCGCGUUUUGGUCGUUGAAGCCGGCAUUCCAAACCCAGAUCAGAUCGAAGAAAUCACUACCCCAUCCAAGGCCUUUGAUCUUCGUGGAAGCAAGUAUGAUUGGUCUUAUAAAACGACCAUGGUCAAGCGCGACGACUAUGAGCGAAUUGAAAAGCCCAACACCCGUGGAAAGACCCUAGGUGGCAGUUCGUGUGCCAACUACUUCACCUGGAUCCCCGGUUCCAAGCCGACAUUCGAUGAAUGGGAGAAUUUUGGUGGUCAAGACUGGAAUUGGAAUAGCUGCGUUGACUAUCUGCGCAAAUGUGCCACUUACCAUGACGACGAGAAGCUGUAUUCUGCUGAGCUGAGCAAGAUCGGGACCGGUGGCCCGGUCAAUAUCUCCCAUGCCGAAUUGGUGCCGGAAAUGAAGCCGUUCCGCGAUGCUCUUACCAAGGCGUGGGUAUCCAAGGGUGAGGUUUUGACCGAGGACAUCUUCUCUGGUGAGAUGCGGGGUCUCACCCACUGUGUAGACACCAUCUACGGUGGCCAGCGCCAGGGCAGCUUCUUGUAUCUCAAGAAUAAGCCGAAUGUGACAAUUCUCUAUGGGGUCCAGUCAAAGCACUUGAUCAUUGACCCGGUGACAAAGGUCUGCUCUGGUGUCGCUGUGAUCAGCGCAGCCACGGGUACUGAGAUCAGUGUCUACGCCAGCCGGGAAGUGAUCCUAUCGCAAGGUGUCUUCGAGACACCCAAGCUUCUCAUGUUGAGUGGAGUCGGCCCGACAGGAGAACUCGCCAAACACGGUAUCACCACCAUCGUUGACUCUCCUCACGUUGGCCAGCAUCUUUUGGAUCACCCGAUUGUGCCCUUCGUUCUCCAGAUCAAAGAUGGAUUCGGUCUAGAUGAUCACAUCCUCCGAACCGGCCCUCUCAAUGACCAGGCAGUGAGCGCCUACAAGAAGGACAAGACAGGACCCAUCAGCUCCGGACUCCUCGAGCUCGUGGGCUUCCCGCGUAUCGACAAACGCUUGGAGAACUAUGCCACCUAUCGCGAGGCCAAGGCCGCCAAUGGUGGACUGGAUCCCUUCGGACCAGCAGGCCAGCCUCAUUUCGAGCUUGAUUUCGUCGGAAUGUUCAGCACUGCGUUCCAGUGGCACUACCCGGUUCCCGAGAAGGGAAACUACAUGACUGUCAUUGUUGACCUGCUGCGACCCCUGUCCGAGGGCGAAGUCACCCUGCACAACGCCAACCCCCUUGUGCAGCCAAACAUCAAUCUGAACUUCUUUGGCAACGACUUGGAUAUCCUUGCUAUGCGGGAGGGUGUUCGUUGGACAUAUGAUGUCCUGACCAGCGGUGCUGGAUUCAAGGAUCUUGUCCUUGGCGAAUACCCGUGGAAGAUGCCUCUUCACUCUGACGAAGAGAUGCACCGGGCUGUUCUAGACCGAAGCCAGACUGGAUUCCACCCUUGUGGUACAGCACGUCUCUCGAAGGGUAUUUACCAGGGUGUGGUUGAUUCGAAGCUUCGAGUGCAUGGUGUGCACAACCUCAGAAUUGCGGAUGCUUCGGUCAUACCUGUUAUCCCUGACUGCCGUAUCCAGAACUCGGUGUACAUGAUUGGAGAGAAGGGCGCGGACAUGAUCAAACUUGCCCACAAGGAUCUUUAUGAUACGAAGGAUAUUCCUCAAUCUGUCUCAAGCAAAUUGUAA